AUGUGGGUUCUCGAGUGGGAGUCGGAGGGCGUGACGCUGCGCCUCGUGCAGGGCGAGUGGACGCUCGGGCGCAAGGGCAACGCGCUCAACUUCCCAAACGACUCGUCGAUAUCGCGCCAGCACGCAAAGCUACACGUCGGCGCCCUCGAGCACCUCGAUCGCAUCGCCGAGCUGCCCUCGUUCACGCUCGUUGACAGCAAGUCGCGCUUUGGCACGUUCGUCAACGGCGCGCAGAUCAAGGAAAACGUGCCCGUGGACCUUCGCGUCGGCGACAAGAUCUCGUUUGGCGCCAAGAACACGGUGCUCGUCGUCGGCUACGUGCGCAUGGUCGCUCGCAUCUCGCGCAUCCAAAAGGCCAACCGUCGCCGGCUCCUCGAGAACUGCAAACUUAUUGGCAUGCACGUCGUGACGACUCCAAUUCCCGAGAUCACGCACUGCCUCAUGGACGCCGGCAACUUUGUUGCGACCGAGAAGAUUCUCUGGGCGCUCGUCCAUGCGCACCCCGUCGUGAGCUCUGACUGGGUCCAAGCUAUCGUUGCUCGUGAAUCCUUGUCCAGUGACCUCCCGCGCUACGAAGGCUUCCUUCCGAUCAAUGCUUCCCAGCAGGUCCAUGCCACGCCGUCCUACCUCCUCGACACGCGUCGUUGUUCACUCUACAACGGCUUUUUCGUUGUCUUUUUGGUGCCGACGUCCAUGGGUCCUCUUGUCCAAGCCAUGGGCGGGCUCGUCUAUAUGGCGUGCCUCGAGCCAAGUCUCGCGCACGACGCCGAUCUCGUUGAUGCCGUCGUAUCCACGAAGCGAACGCCGCUCAUCAUCUAUCCGGGUAAUGGAACUGAGCUCACGCAGACGUCGGACGUCAUGUCGGCCUCCGUGCGUGACUGGGACCCGUCCGUGCUCCGACGCCUUCAGCUGCUGCGCCGCCAUGCGAUCGUCAUGCACCACGAGCUCGUGGCGAGCAUUCUCUUUACGCGGCCUCCGCUGUACCUCUCGGAUGACUCGUUCGACGCACUUUUGCAACAAGCCGCACCACCUCUCUCAUCGUUUGUACCUGAGACGACGACGAUGCCACCGAUCCGAGAGGCUAUCGAGUCGAGCGUCGUCGCGAUCCCGCCCACGACAGAGACUUUCAGCGUCAAGAUGGAAUCCGUGCCAAUCAGUCAGUUGGCUGCCUCCGAGACCAAAAUGCAGGUUGGCUCCGAGAUUAAACUGCAAGCCGAGUUGGUUCCCGCGAAGCUCCCACUCUGGAAAAAGCCAACGCUCAAAGCGCGCCAUGAAACACCGCCAUCGACACCAGACAUCAAGGUGCAGUCGACUUGUCCGGACCCGCCGGCACCGCUUUACGACUCCGAGACCAAGGAGGGCGACGACGCUUUGCUGGACGAGAAGCCAACGACGUGGAUGCAAAAGAAGCAUGUCAAGACGCCUGUCGAGCGCGAGAACGACGCGCCACCACCAACAGUCGUCUCGAGUCAACUCAUUGUGCGCAAAUCCGCGCCAGCCGAAGCACACGCGCGGUACUUGAUCCGGGACGCCACGGCACCUGUGCCUGGAGUACGCAACUUCAAGCGCUUCAAGAAGAACGCCAUGCCCCGCGCCAGUGCACUCAUUACACGCUACCAGAGCGAAGUGCCUGUGGACCUCGAGCGCAAGCGUGCGUACGAAAAACAGCAAGAGGAGCUUGAGGCGCAAGAACGCAUCGCCGAAGAGCUCUUUGAAAUGAACAUGCACCGCCAGUCCAAGCGCGCGAACCUCCGAUUCACGUAG